AUGAAAAUGCUGCUGAUUUUGUUCCUCGUAAUAAUUUGCUCCCAUGUUUCUGUGAACCAGGAUUCUGGCCCUGAGUAUGCAGACGUGGUGUUUCUGGUGGACAGCUCUGAUCACCUGGGAAUUAGGUCCUUCCCUCUGGUGAAAACAUUCAUCAACAAAGUGAUCAACAGUCUCCCCAUAGAGGCCAGCAAAUACCGCGUGGCCCUGGCCCAGUACAGCGACAAGCUCCACAGUGAAUUCCAGCUGAACACCUUCAAGAGCAAGAAUCCCAUGUUAAACCACCUCAAGAAGGUGGCGUUCUUGGGCGGCGCCCUGCGGAUCGGAAACGCUCUCCGGGAGGCUCACAGGACCUAUUUCUCUGGACCUGCAAACGGCAGAGACAAGAAGCUGUUUCCCCCGGUUCUGGUGGUCCUGGCUUCGGCCGAGUCCGAGGAUGACGUGGAAGAGGCUUCCAAGGCUCUCCGGGAGGACGGGGUGAGGAUCAUCUCGGUGGGGCUGCAGAAAGCGUCUGAGGAGAACCUGAAGGCCAUGGCCACGGCUCAGUUUCAUGUGAACCUUCGGACUGUCAGAGACCUCAGCACGUUCUCCCAGAACAUGACGCAGAUCAUCAAGGAUGCGGCUCAGUACAAGGCGGGAGCAGUGGAUGAUGUUCUUAUGGAAGUUUGCCAAGGCUCCUCGGUGGCCGACGUGGUGUUCCUGUUGGAUUUGUCCGUCAAUGGCAGCCAGGACAACUUGGACUAUCUUAAAGAGUUCCUGGAAGAAAGUGUAUCUGCUCUUGACAUAAAGGAAAACUGCAUGAGGGUUAGCCUCGUGGCCUACAGCAAUGAGACGCAGGUGAUCAAUUCACUGAGCAGGGGCAUCAAUAAGACGGAGGUGCUCCAGUCUAUACAGGGCCUCUCUCCCCUGGCUGGGAAGGCCUACACUGGGGCCGCCAUCAGAAAGAUCAGGAAGGAGGUCUUCAGUGUGCAGAACGGCAGUCGGAUGAACCAGGGGGUGCCCCAGAUCGCCGUGCUGGUGACCCACCGGCCGUCGGAAGACAACGUGACCAAGGCCGCCCUGAACCUCCGGCGCCAGGGCGUGGCCGUCUUCACGAUGGGCGUGGAGGGGGCCAGCGACAGCCAGCUGGAAAGGAUAGCAUCGCACCCCGCCGAGCUGUAUGUCUCCAGACUGAAGACCUUCUCCGACCUGGUCGCUCACAACCAGACGUUUCUGAAGAAGCUGCGGAAGCAAAUAACGCACACAGUCUCUGUCUUCUCAGAGCGCACCGAAACCCUCAAAUCCGGUUGUGUGGACACUGAAGAAGCAGACAUCUAUCUGCUCAUCGAUGGCUCCGGGAGCAUCCAGGCCACGGACUUCCAAGAAAUGAAGACCUUCCUGUCAGAGGUCGUAAAGAUGUUCAACAUCGCCCCCCAGAAGGUGCGGGUUGGGGCCGUCCAGUACGCCGACAGCUGGGACUUGGAAUUUGAGAUCAAUAAAUACUCAAACAAGCAGGAUUUGGGGAAGGCCAUUGAGAACAUCCGGCAGGUGGGUGGGAGCACGAACACGGGUGCAGCCCUGAAUUUCACGCUGGGGCUGCUGCGAAAAGCAAAGCAGCAGCGAGGAAACCGCGUGCCGUGUCACCUUGUUGUCCUGACAACUGGCAUGUCCCAGGAUAGCAUCUUGGAGCCUGCGAACAGGCUGAGAAAGGAGCUCAUCCAUGUUUAUGCCAUCGGGGUCAAGGAGGCCAACCAAACACAGCUGCGGGAAAUCGCAGGCGAGGAAAAGAGGGUGUACUACGUGCAUGACUUUGACGCUUUGAAAGACAUAAGAAACCAAGUUGUCCAAGAAAUCUGUACGGAAGAAGCCUGCAAAGAGAUGAAAGCUGACAUCAUGUUUCUGGUGGACAGUUCUGGCAGUAUAGGAAGUGAGAAUUUCAUCAAAAUGAAAACAUUUAUGAAAAACCUGGUGAGUAAGUCUCAGAUUGGGGCAGAUCGGGUGCAAGUCGGCGUGGUCCAGUUCAGUGACAUCAAUAAGGAGGAGUUUCAACUCAACAAGUACAUCUCGCCAAGUGAAAUUUCAGAUGCCAUCGACCAGAUGCCUCACAUGGGACAGACCACGAUGACUGGUAGUGCCCUGACCUUUGUGUCUCAGUACUUCAGUCCCGCCAAGGGGGCCCGGCCCAGCGUCAGGAAGUUUCUCAUCCUCAUCACAGAUGGUGAAGCUCAUGACAUAGUCAAGGACCCCGCGGUAGCACUUCGGCAAGAAGGCAUCAUUAUCUACUCGGUGGGGGUGUUUGGCUCCAAUGUCACCCAGCUGGAGGAGAUCAGCGGGAGGCCAGACAUGGUGUUUUAUGUUGAGAAUUUUGACAUUCUGCAGCAAAUUGAAGAUGAUCUUGUUUUUGGAAUAUGCAGCCCCCGUGAAGAAUGCAAGCGAAUUGAAGUUUUAGAUGUUGUGUUUGUAAUUGACAGCUCUGGCAGCAUUGACAGUAAUGAAUAUAAUAUCAUGAAGGAUUUCAUGAUAAACUUGGUGAAAAAAGCUGAUGUUGGCAAGAAUCAGGUUCGGUUUGGGGCUAUGAAGUAUGCUGAUGACCCACAAGUGCUGUUUUAUCUGGAUGACCUUGGCACAAAACUGGAGGUGAUUUCAGCGCUCCAGAAUGACCAGCCCAUGGGGGGCAACACAUACACCGCUGAGGCACUAGGCUUCUCGGACCACAUGUUCACCGAAGCCCGUGGCAGCCGCCUGCACCGAGGGGUCCCCCAAGUCCUCAUCAUAAUCACCGAUGGGGAGUCCCAUGAUACAGAAAAGCUCAAUGCCACAGCCAAGGCCUUGCGGGACAAAGGCAUUCUUGUCCUGGCCGUGGGGAUCGCGGGUGCUAACCCUGUGGAGCUGCUCGCCAUGGCAGGAUCAAGGGACAAGUACUUCUUCGUGGAGACUUUUGGAGGCCUGAAGGGGAUAUUUUCAGACGUGUCAGCCAGUGUGUGUAACUCCUCACAAGUAGAUUGUGAAAUUGAAAAAGUAGAUCUUGUUUUCCUCAUGGAUGGUUCCACUAGCAUUCAUCCAGAUGACUUCAAGAAGAUGAAGGCCUUCUUGGCAUCGAUUGUUCAAGAGUUCGAUGUCAGUGCCAACAGAGUGCGUAUAGGAGCAGCCCAGUUUAGCCAUACCUAUCGGCCAGAGUUUCCACUGGGAGCGUACAUAGGGAAAAAGGAGAUAUCAUUUCAGAUUGAAAACAUCCAGCAGAUCUCGGGAAACACACUCAUCGGCGCUGCACUCCAGAUGGUGGGGCAUUUCUUCCAGCCAGACAUGGGCAGCCGGAUAAAUGCCGGCACCCCACAGGUGUUGCUGGUCCUCACAGAUGGCCAGUCCCAAGAUGAGGUGGCUCGGGCUGCUGAAGACCUGAGACACAAAGGUAUCGACAUCUACAGCGUGGGCAUCGGGGAUGUGGAUGACCAGCAGCUCAUUCAGAUCACCGGGACUGCAAGUAAGAAACUGACGGUUCAUAACUUCGAUGAGCUGCAGAAGGUCAAGAAAAGGAUAAGUCGCAACAUCUGCACCUCAGGGGGUGACAGCAACUGUUUUGUGGAUGUUGUGGUUGGAUUUGACAUCUCCACCCAGCAGAAGGGGCAGACUUUGCUCGAUGGCCAGUCUUGGAUGGAAACCUACCUCCCAGACAUCCUACGUGCCAUCAGCUCCCUUAAUGGGGUUAGCUGUGAGGUGGGCACAGAGACUCAGGUUAGUGUGGCUUUUCAAGUAACCAAUGCCACGGAACAGUACUCUCCCAAGUUUGAGAUCUAUAGUGAAAACAUACUGAAUAGCUUGAAGGAUGUAACAGUGAAAGGACCAUCCUUUCUCAACACAAACUUCUUGAGUUCCCUGUGGGAUGCCUUUCAGAAUAAAUCAGCUGCCCGAGGCAAGGUGGUGCUCUUAUUUUCAGAUGGAUUGGAUGAUGACAUUGAAAAACUUGAACAAAAAUCUGAUGAGCUUAGAAAAGAAGGCCUGAAUGCCCUUAUCACUGUUGCUCUGACUGGAGCCACCGAUUCAAGUGACCUGGCUGAUCUUCUCUACAUUGAAUUUGGGAAAGGAUUUGAGUACAAGACCCAGUUCGCUAUUGGAAUGAGGGAUCUGGGGAGCCAACUGUCAAAGCACCUGGUCAAUGUUGCUGAAAGGACUUGCUGUUGUUUAUUCUGCAAGUGCUUUGGAGGAGAUGGAACAGUGGGAGAUCCUGGACCACCUGGGAAAAAGGGACUCCCAGGUUUCAAAGGCAGUGAAGGCUACCUGGGAGAGGAGGGCAUUGCUGGAGAAAGAGGAGCCACUGGACCAGUGGGAGAGCAAGGUACUAAGGGAUGCUAUGGCGCCAAAGGUCCUAAGGGACUCAGAGGACUAUAUGGACAGGAGGGAGAAGUUGGGGAAAGCGGAAUUGAUGGAUUAAAUGGUGUACAGGGUGACAAUGGUCAACCUGGAAGAAAAGGAGAAAAGGGAGAUGAAGGAUCCCAGGGAAGUCCAGGAAAGAAAGGGCUUGCUGGUGACCGUGGAGCAAAGGGCCUGCGAGGAGACCCUGGAGUUCCUGGAUUUGACAAUAGCAUAGAAGGACCUAAGGGCUUGAAAGGAGAACGUGGAAGAGAAGGUAGAAGAGGCUGGCCAGGCCCCCCUGGAACACCAGGCUCCAGAAGACAGACAGCAGCUCAUGGCCGAAGGGGACUUACAGGCCCACAGGGGACAACAGGCACCCCAGGCCCAGAUGGACUUGAAGGCUCGCUGGGACUUAAGGGCCCUCAGGGCCCAAGAGGAGAGGCCGGUGUGGAAGGAGAAAAAGGAGGUCUGGGAAGUAGAGGACCCCAGGGGCCUCCAGGACCAGGAGGAAAGGCAGGGAGUCGAGGCCAUUUGGGAAGCCAAGGAAACAAAGGGGAACCUGGAGAUCCGGGAGAAAAAGGAGCUAUCGGCCUUCCUGGUCCUCGGGGCUUGCCGGGUGAUGAUGGCAACCCAGGUUAUGGCAGCAUCGGAAGUAAAGGAGCCAAGGGACAAGAAGGAUUCCCUGGAGAAGGUGGACCUAAGGGUGAGACUGGGGACCCUGGGGGUCCAGGAGAAACUGGACCCAAGGGAGCUAGAGGCCAGCGGGUAUCCACUGCACUUCCAGGAGAGCCGGGAUCCCCUGGGGAGCUGGGACCUCCUGGACGCAAGGGUGUGAAAGGGGCCCAAGGAUUGGCUUCAUUUUCCAUGUGUGAGCUCAUUCAGUAUGUGCGGGACCACAGUCCUGGCGGACACGGAAAACCCGAAUGCCCCGUGCAUCCCACCGAGUUGGUGUUUGCCUUGGACCAGUCGCGGGAUGUGACGGAGCAGGAAUUUGAGCAGAUGAAGCAGGUGAUGUCCUCCCUGGUGAGCGGCGUUCAAGUCCGGGAGAACAGCUGCCCCGUGGGGGCGCGCAUCGCCGUGGUCUCUUAUGACUCCCAUGCCAGGCACCUCAUCCGCUUCUCAGACACCCACAGGAAGAACCAACUCCUCAGGGAAAUCAAAGCCAUCCCUUACGAGCGGUCCUCUGACAGCAGGGAGAUCGGCAAAGCAAUGAGGUUUAUCUCCAGGAACGUCUUCAAGCGAACCCUCCCGGGGGCUCACACAAGAAGAAUCGCCACACUUUUCAGCAGCGGUCAGUCUGCUGAUGCCCAGUCCAUCACUACGGCCACUAUGGAAUUCAGCGCCCUUGACAUCAUUCCCGUCGUGAUUGCUUUCAGCAAUGUGCCCUCCAUCAGGCGUGCAUUUUCGAUCGACGACACUGGCACGUUCCAAGUAAUAGUGGUUCCGUUCGGGACCGACUACACGCCAGCACUAGAGAGACUACAGAGGUGCACGUUCUGCUAUGAUGUCUGCAAGCCAGAUGCUUCUUGUGAUCAAGCCAGACCACCCCCCGUGCAGUCUUACAUGGAUGCGGCUUUCCUGCUGGAUGCCUCCCGACACGUGGGAAGUGCAGAAUUUGAAGACCUGAGAGACUUCUUGGGAGCACUGUUGGAUCACUUUGAAAUCACCCCAGAGCCCGAGACCUCUGUCACUGGAGACCGGGUCGCCCUGUUAAGCCAUGCUCCCCCCAACUUCCUACCCAACACUCAGAAGAGUCCCGUUAGAACCGAGUUCAACCUUACCACCUACAACAGCAGACGGCGCAUGAAGAGGCACGUGGAAGAAUCGGUUCAACAGCUAAAUGGAGAUGCUUUUAUCGGACAUGCCUUACAGUGGACUCUGGACAAUAUCUUUUUAAGUGCGCCGAAUCUGAGAAAAAACAAGGUCAUAUUUGUGAUAUCUGCUGGGGAAACUAGUCACUUGGACAGAGAAACCUUAAAGAAAGAAUCUCUGAAAGCCAAAUGUCAAGGUUAUGCCCUGUUUGUGUUUUCCUUUGGCCCUACUUGGAAUGACAAGGAACUGGAAGAUCUAGCCAGCCACCCUCUGGAUCACCACUUGGUCCAGCUUGGUCGAAUUCAUAGACCUGACCACAGAUAUGGUGUGAAGUUUGUGAAGUCCUUUAUCCAUUCAGUCAGGCGUGCACUCAACAAAUAUCCACCAAUAAACUUCAAAACGAAGUGCAACAGACUCAGCUCCACAAACGUGAAGCAGCCCCCACAGCAGUUGCGAAGCUUUGUUCCUGGACCACACAAAGCAGCCCUUAAAGAAGAUGCAUUACAAAAGGCAAAAUUCUUUCAAGAUAAAAAAUAUGUUUCAAGAGCAGUAAGAAACAGCAGAGAUAAUACUGUUCGAAAUUUCACCAGAAACACAUUCCAUACCUUUAAAAAUGGAAAGAAGAUGAUAAAAACUGUUCCCAAAUGACAUAUAAAGGAAGUGCUUGAAGAAUUUAACCUUAGGAAGCAUGGUAAGACUCUGGACUUAUGUAACUAAAUUCACUGCCAAAAUCAUGGAUCACUUUUAUUUAGAUUCUGCCUAUACUGGAGGUCCACUAUAUUGGACAAACCACAGGUUGGAGAUUGAGGUAACUUGACCCCUUGCACUCAUUGGUAUUAAAGGUAUAUCUUGUC